AUGACUAGCAUCAAGAAAAGAGAUGAAGUAGCGCUUUGUCAGAACACCUUCGCCCUUAAAGGUUUUGUACACGCUAUGCAAUUAGUAAUGGUCGAGGCGGUGCCGGCUCUAACCGAGGUUGUGCAAGAAGCUGGUUCUUCUUCUUCCGAGUCAGACUCAGAUAGGGAAGACGAUGAUCUUCAUGAAAAGCGUAAUAAGCGACUGACAUUGAGUCCAGGACAUGCUAGAGAUGUUGAUCAUAAAUGCGAGGUACCUGUGAAAUGUAUCAUCGAAGAUGAUUCUUUCCAUCCUGUGAAUAAUGAAUAUGAGGAUUACUCCGACGAGGAAACCGACCAAAAGAUUGAAAACGUUUUGCGUUUACACUCUGAAAAACAUGAUUUCAACAAUUCGAUGUUCAAGGGAGGUUUAACCUUGGCUGACGUUGAACGCAUGGGUGGUAAGGGAAAGGGUAAGAAGAAAGAAACAAAGGCUGGUAAGAAAUCAGCGUCUCCUGAAACUGUCUCGGACUCGAAGUUUGCUACGCUUCUGUAUGACAAAAUGAAACCUGAAAUUUCACGAUUUCGUGAAACAACAAAGAAUCUAGAUGCAACUGUCAAGGCUGCUACUGAGGAAUUCAUCUCAAUGGAGUCUCGGAUGAAGGGAGAUAUCAUCCAAAGUAUUGAAACCAUGAUUACGAAUCAACAUCAGGAUCCCAUUAUCAAUUCAAAGUCACAGCCAUCAUCGGUGCAAGAUUUGAACAACUCUGAUCCGACGUCCAACGAUACCGAAAAUGCUCAACCAAGUGAGAACACAUAUGUUCAGGAUGAACCACCACAUUUUCCAGAGGGUGAUAUACAUGAUUCUCCAACCAGAGGUUUGUCGCCAGAUAUAUCUGGAUUAACUCGAUCUCCCAAUGUCACAUCUUUGGAAAAUCAAAUGGAACAUCCUCCCGCAUCAAAAACGGAAGAAAAACAGGAUCACACUGGCGGUAGAUCCUCCCAAGAGCCAGAAACAGUCGAAGAAGACAGUCAGGAUAAGGUCCCAAAACGUAGAAAGAGUUUGCGGCUACGAAACUUUCUGAAUUCAACUUUGCCUCCGUCGACUUCGGUAGAGCAGAUUUCUGAGAUGGAAUCGUUCCCUGUUAUUGAGAUUCCGUCGUUCUCCCUUGGUUUGUCCCAGGAAGAUAACAAUGAUGACCUGGUGAACGGGUUGGCUGCUGAACAAGUCGCAGUAGAAAUAGAUAAUCCUUUUGAUUUACAAGAAUGCAGGAGAGGCAAAAGACAAAAAACAGUUACCCAUGGCCUCGUUGAUGUUUUCCAGUGUAGCCCAGAUAUAUUAAAUAGAGCAAGGGAAUCCCAAAUGGCUGUGUAUGGCAAAGCUGAUUCUUGGGAAUAUACUCAAAAUGUUAUUCAUCUUGGAGGGUGUCAAGUUUCAAACAAAGACAAUAUUGACAUUGUCGAAAUGGCCAAACCAUACUCUUCAAAGGUGAUGGGUGUACUCAUGAAGCAUCUUAGCUUGUCAUAUGCUAAGCGGUCUCUUAGCGAAGAGGGCAAAAAGUUGGAAGCACAUAUAUUCACAAAGGGUCUGGUAGAAGUGUUUGGAGAGAUGGUGGACCAUUUUCCUGAUCACUAUGUUUUCUAUUUCCCUUUUAAUCUGGAUAAGAAACACUGGAUCGGCUUGUGUGUGGAUGCUUCCUCUUGGAUCAUUACAGUUUUUGAUUGCAACACCUUGCUAAGGAGCGAAGCUUCGAUGAGUUCCGAACUUAAACCAAUAUCAGAGAUGUUUCCUUACCUUAUGAAACAAGCUGGGUUGCGAAUUUCAAAUUCUCAACUGGUGCCAAUGGUCGCUGAAAGAGCAAAAACCGUUCCGCAGAACAUCAUAUCAGCAGAUUCUUCGUUGACGUCGGUUUUGCUUAUGCAGACACAUGCUCUCUCUGGAAUCGAAGCAUGUCGUUGUAUCGCACCCCAUAUCUUAGCUUCUGAGGCGCAAAGGGUUGCUGUUCUGCUCUAUGAGUACCACAUGAAACUCUAG